AAAGGAAAUAAUAAUAACAAUAAUAUUAAUUAUAACAUUAAUAACAAUAAUAAGUAAAUAAAUAAAUAAAUAAAUAACUAAAUAAAUAAAUAAUAGUAAUAAUAACAACAACAACAACAACAACAACAACAACAUAAUCAAGAAAAAUAUAAUUAAUCGGUAAAGAGAAAUACGGUGAGUGUGUUUUAAGAAGAAAAAUGACGUCCUACAUCCAAGUCGCCGAAGACGAGGGAGAAGAACCUAUAGAGCUGCCUACCGAGGACGACAGCACGCUUUUAUUGACCACCCUAUCUGCUCAAUUCCCCGGGACGUGUGGCCUUAAAUAUCGCAAUCCAGAAUCCCGGACGAUGCGUGGUGUACGACUCGUUGAGGGACGGCUUCAUCCACCUGAAAAUGGUUGGGGCAAGGCGAUCUAUUUCUGUGUAUUUCCGAAAGAAAACAAGCGUAAAUCUGAUGACAAUUUGGAAAAUUCCACAGCUAAGACAAAGAGAAUGGAAACAAAGUUGCGUUGUACAGACUUGAUCGUACUGGGCUUACCAUGGAAAACUACCGAGCAGAACUUGAGGGAAUAUUUCGAGGCAUUUGGUGAAGUUCUAAUGGCACAAGUAAAGAAGGAUGCAAAAUCUGGUCAGAGCAAAGGAUUUGGAUUCAUACGAUUUGGAAGCUAUGAAUCGCAGUUAAGAUGCCUUGCUCAACGACACAUGAUAGAUGGCAGAUGGUGCGAUGUCAAGGUUCCCAAUAGUAAGGAGGGAAUGAUUCAGCAAGUACCCUGCAAGGUAUUCGUGGGACGCUGUACAGAAGACCUAACUGCAGACGAUCUACGCGACUAUUUCUCCAAAUUUGGUGAAGUUACGGACGUAUUCAUCCCAAAACCUUUUCGCGCAUUUUCAUUUGUUACUUUCUUAGACCCAGAAGUGGCUCAAUCUCUCUGCGGAGAAGACCACAUUAUAAAAGGAGUUUCCGUUCAUGUCUCUAAUGCAGCGCCGAAAUCAGACGGCAUUAAUAAGAAUUUUAAUAACCAAGUGAAUUCAAACGUACGUGGUAGGGGAGCACCUGGACCGGUAGAAAACAAUGUACAGGGAAACUAUCAGGGAAACAGGUACAUGGGCCAUUCGGGUAAUAACAUGGGUCCAAACGGUUGGAACAAUCCAGGCAACAGAGGUAAUUUGGAUAUGCCUAAUCUUCAGGCAUUGGGCAUUACCGGUCAGAAUAAUGGAGGAGGCGGUGGUGGUGGAUUAUCCAAUCCAUUGGCAAUGGGAGGCUUAAAUUUAUCGGCAUUACCAGUAAAUCCUGCGUUAGUGGCGGCUGCAUUAAAUCAAGCAUCCUGGGGACUGAUCGGUAAUCUUCAGAAUCAGGGAAACGAUCAAGGAUAUUCAAAUCAACCAGGGCCCCCAGGUCAACCACCUUCAGGCAAUAAUAGUAUUGGUAAUAGCGGUAAUUCUGGGUUUCUUAGUUGGAUGAAUCAAGGGGGCGGCGAUGGCAAUACGGGUAAUCCUGGUACUGGUGGUCCUGGUCCAAAUAAUCCAAACGCCUCCCAGGGUGCUUGGCAAAAUCAUCCAGGUCAACGUGAUCAAAAAUCUAAUACAUUUCUCAAAUACGAUUAAACUCGGUCGGGACUCCGAGUCUACUCGUAAAAGGAGGGUCCGUUCCUUUAGUCCCGAAGCACUAAUGUUGAAGAACAGCAAAGGUCAGGAAGUUAAGGGUACAAAGCAAACAAUUUACAAAAAGAACCAAAGCUUUCAGUGACAUUACGAUGGAAAAGGACGGCUAUAUUGUAUGAUCGUGCGCCGUAAUGUGGUCGGUUCAUAAUAGAGCGUGUCGGAUGAUACUUUCGAAUCAUUGCACGUCAUUACUUCAAAAAAAAAAAAAAAGAUAUACUAUGACCCUCUCACUCUCUUACUGGCUUGAGAAAUUAGCACAAUAGCUUUCACGAACGAUACGGCCUGCAUGUCUCUUACGGAUAGCUUUGAUCAUCUAAACGUGCAAAUAUGUGUGGUCUUCUUUACGCGUGUGAUCUACUGAGCUGAGUAAAGUGCAUUGGAGAGAGAUAGAUGAUUGUGAAACUUUUGUAAUGAGAGAUAGAUGAGAUUAUGUAGUGUUUAACGUAUAUGUGUCUGAGGUAACAUAAUGAUCGAUGCAGAGUGUUUAAUGUAAAAAUAUGAAGUAAGUUAGUGGAACUUAAUAAUAUAAUUAUAUUUUAACUUACCAAUACUAGUUCAUUGAGUGACUAUAUAGGAGUUAUAUAUAGCUUAAUGAGUUGAUGAAGUAAUAGGUUGCUGAUGAAUAAGUUGUAUCCUCACAUUGAUAAUUUACAGAUUUUUCUUGUACAGGUAACAGAAACAGUUAAUUGAGAAACAUUUGAAAUUUUCAUUCUAUUAUAUAUUUUAUAAUGUUGCAGCAUUAUAUACAGAUAUAUACGUAUUUAUAUAUAUAUAUAUAUAUGUAUAUGUAUAUAUGUAUAUGUAUAUAUACAUUCACAUUAUCUUAAAUCGGUCACAUAAUGUGAGCUGCACAUUUAUUAAUAACCAAAUAUUAAGUUCCGAUGAUUUCUUAAUUCCAUUAAACGUUAUGAAUGCUUGAAUACACUGCAUAUAGAUUAAAUGUCUUUGUCAUAAUUUUAUAUGUGACCACAUCAUUGAAAAAUCAUUCUUACCCAUAUAUUUUUUAAUUAUUGUACAAGAUAAAAUGAUUGAGAACUUUUUCUUCUGAAGAAAUGAAGUGCAUUGAGACUUUCUGUGGGUAUAUGUGUUGUGCGUUCUUAUAUAUACUUACAUAUACUGAAAAAAGAAAAAAAAAAAAAAGAAACAGAGACGUACAAUUUUGUGGGUAUUGUUGUCAUUAAAUAUUUUCAUUAUUUACACAUAUAACAUAUUUGAGCAUAAUAUUUGUUACUUGCAUUGGUAAAUGCAGAAUAUGCUCUUAUGUUUGGCAAUUACCCUCAUAAAAGUAUACAUAUAGAAAGUUUGUUUCAUGUGCAUUCUCUUUUUUUUUCUUUUUCUUUUUCUUUUUCUUUUUUUUUUUUUUUUACACGGAUAUAAGAUAUAUCGUCCAGAAUUUGAAAAAAGAAAUUAUAUUAGAGAAUAACUGUUUCUAAUGAAUACUAUUUACUUAGGGUGGAAGUGAGUGGGUGUGUAGUCAGGAUAUGCGUGAGGCUGCGUAUAGUUUGGUCGCAGCUACCUGAGAUUUGCAUAAAGUUGUUUACAUUUUUCGUAAUAUUUAGUGCGACACACAAACAAUUAUUACGUGUGCAAGUAUGAUUAGUAUUUUACAUUGGUGUGCGGGUGUGUCAAAAUUAUUGAUUGAUUGUGUGUGAAAGGAAGCAUUUGGAUUGGUAGUUGUUUCAAUUGAAUGAGUCGAGUAAAUUCAAGGAUUUUAUAACUCUCUAGUGCUUCAAAUUUUGAAGGAAAGUUUUGUGAUGAAAGACUUGAUAAUUCUCUUUCUCUAAAGGACAAUUUUACAGGUUAUGGGUGUUUGUUUUCCAAAGAUCAGAAUAAACAAUGGAUUUCACAAUUCACAAUUGUAGUCAAUAACUUUAACAUACAAAAAAGAUGAUGGCGCAAGAACUUUAGAAAAGCAUAUAUUUCAUAAUCUCACUGUAUGUUUCAUUGAAGUUAUCUAGAUCUGCUAUUUCAGAAUGCUAAUAUCUUAUGAUUACAUUGUCGAAAAAUAAAAAAAUCCUUAUACAUCA